UCCUAGCUCAGGGUCUCCCCUGUCGCUGCCUGGGGAAAGAGGGUGUGGGGAAUGAGGCUGAUUAUCUGAGCAAGGAGUGGGGUGUGUGUGUGUGUGUGUGUGUGUGUAGGGAGGGGGUCUGAAGCACCAGCCGCGGUUGUGCCGUGCCUGAAGGAUCUCCACCACUCUUGCUCCUCCCCGCGUGUCAGAGAAGUGAAGGUGGGGCCAGGGGGGCUCCCCUCAGACGCACACCUGCUGCUCUCCUCCUCUCUCCUCCUCCUCCUCCUCUUUGUGCAGUGCAGAUGCUCUAAGAAGAGCAGCCGCGUAAAGCAGUUCUAGGAGGAAGGUUCGCUCUCUUUCGCCGCCCGCCUCUUUCCCUCGUCUUCUGGCUCUCGUGGGCAGCAGGAGACGCCGGGAUGGCAAGAGAGCCCAGCAGCGCCUAGCCCCCUCCUCCGGGCUCCCCACCUCACGACCGGCUGCUGCCCACCGGAGAGCAGCAUGAAAGCGACCCCUCUCCGGAGGCGCCCAGGAAGAAACUUCUCCGGCGUGCGCAGCGAGAGGAGCGCCAGGCGCGCUGAGUGACACCUCUCCUUUCUGGAUGGUGCAAGCGGAGUGCCUGGCAGGGAGCUCGCAGAAGGAGGCUAGCCAAGAUGCCGCUGCCGCUGCUGGGGCUGCCGGGCUGAAAACCCUCGCUCGCUGCUGCUGCUGCUGCACCGGCGCCUCUCCUUCCCGGUUGUGACCUUGGGCUGCCUCCGAUUUCAUGAGCGCCGCCUCGCCCCCCGCUGGCCUCUGAAAUCUGCCUUCCCCUCCCCACCCCCUCCCCCACCCCCGAGCUCCUUCCCUCCCCCACCCCCUCAUGGCUGCAUCAGAAGAAGGGACUGGCUGUUUUCUCCCCAGAGGCAGGUCACAGAGCGACCCCAGCAUCCUCAGUGACACCGCGGGCACCACCGACGCCGGAGAGCACCAAGAAGAGAUGGAUCAAUCCCCUGCAGUGCGUUCUGAUUAUCUGGUCUCAGGGAUUCGAACUCCUCCUGUCCGAAGGAACAGCAAGCUAGCCACACUCGGCAGGAUCUUCAAACCAUGGAAAUGGAGAAAAAAGAAAAACGAGAAGCUAAAGCAGACGUCAACAGUGUUAGAGAAGAAGACCUCCACAAGGCAAGGCCGGGAUGAGCUAAUUAAGAAAGGCCUUCUGGAAAUUAUGGAACAAGAUUCUGAAGGCAAAGCAUGCACUGCUGACGAUGCCACCAGAGCAAUGCUGAGUGAUCCUUCAUCCCCCUCAUGCCAGGCACUUACCUCAGAAGAGACGCAGCAGCAGGAACAUAUAUCAGCCACAACCAAUGCCACCUCAUUUGGCGAGGAGCUGCAUUCAGAAGAGCUGAGAGAAGAUGCAGCCAAGAAGACGCCAGCUUUCACAGUCGAACCAGAAAAUGCCAUCCUGCCAGCCUCUGAAGAGAAUGCGCAAGCCUUACUUCUUUCUGAAUCCACGGAAUCCCCCCCUAAGCAGAUGGAAAGGAACCCAGCACAGCUUCCCAGCCCUCCUCCGUCGCUUCCAAUUCCACCACCGAAGACAGUGUCCAAAGUCUCAAAGAUUGUACCAGCAGCAGGAAGUGAAGUAGAUGAGCCAGCCUUGAAAUCCCCUCCAUCCACUAUCUUGAAGAAUUAUGUCAUUGUUGGUUCCUCCCAACUCUCAGGACAAGCUGCUCCCUUCCAGCCCUCAGGCCAGAAAGUCUCUGAUCCCCACCUCAGAGGACAGCAUACAACACCAACCGGCUCCCCUCACCUCGCUGCUGUCCACCUGCCUUUACCUCCCAGCCGAGUCAUUGAGGAACUUCACAGAGCUCUAGCCACCAAACAUCGGCAGGAUAGCUUUCAUGGAAGAGAAAACAAAGGGUCUCCCAAAAAGCGCAUGGAUGUACGCCCCUCCAGAACAUCUAGCAUUGAGCACAGCAAAGAGAAGGAUAAUUCGGGGAGCUACAGCAGCGAUCCGGAGAACAAAAGGAAUUCUGUUAAGGAAUUGGAUGAGAACAAAGAGAACCUGAUCAUGAGCUCCGAAAUCAAGGAUGACUCUGUUUUCUAUCAGGAUGAAGAGGUCUUGAAUGACUCCAUAAUUUCUGGUACAUUGCCAAGAAAAUGCAAGAAAGAGUUGCUGGCAGUGAAAUUGCGGAACAGGCCAAGCAAACAAGAGCUGGAAGAUAGAAACAUUUUCCCAAGGAGGACUGAUGAAGAGAGACAGGAAAUCCGGCAGCAAAUUGAAAUGAAACUCUCCAAAAUCCAACUUUGCUUCCUGUCAGUGGAUAGUUUGUCCUCAUCACCACCCUAUGAUGGAGGAGGAGGAGGAGGAGGAGGAGGAGGAGGAAGAUGCUUCUUCAUUGAAGUGUUAAUUUGGUUGUCUUUUAAGCAGCAUACAAGUGUCCUCUCUACUCUACUACUGAGCUCUGGUGACCAGUCUAGCAAGCUGUAGGAUGGGUUCCCAACCAUAUUGGGAACCCAGAUGUUGUUGGACUAUAACUCCCAGCAUCACCAGCCACAGAGGCCUUUGAGUGGUCACAGAGGCAUAGGAAACUGCCAGUGGAAACCCCCUGGGUGACCCCUAUUUUGUGUUAAGUAGGUGUGCGCUGGCACACGCAUCCCCUAACCACAUACCCUUGCAUUUGACAUUAACACAGCGAUCAUGGCCAGAGUCAAAGACAGGGCCGGUAAGCCCCGUUCGCAAGAUGCUUCAGCCAGCACUGCAUUCCCAGCCUGGCUGGGAAUUCCUCUCUCUGCCUUGGUAGACCGAGAGAGGUAACACAGCACUGGCUGAAGGGCCUUGCUGGUGGGACUGAAUGGUCCAAUUUUGCAUCUGGCCAUGCCCCCUUCAUCUGAUGUUGACACAGGUGUUGUGGCCAGGCUAGAAGACGGGGCCACUUGGCCCUGUGUACAAGGUUCUUUUGCCAGCACUGGGUUCCCAGCCUGGCUGGGAGCACAUCUUUCUGUCUCCCAGGGAGAGAGGUGUGCUCCCAGCCAGCCUGGGAAUGCAGCGCUGGCUGAAGUGCCUUGCAAACAGGGCUGAGUGACCCCAUUUUUGCACACCCUUGCAUCAGCGUCAGACUCAGGGGGCAUGGCUAGGGGCUGAGGGAUGGCCACAUGAAAAUGGUGGCCUGUGUUCUUUGAAUACGUGUGGCUGUGGCCCUGAAUGGUCAGUUACUACAAUGAUUGGGAACUGGUCUUCAGUUAAAUUCUUAUUGAAAUCUUAUGUGUAUAACUAAAGAUGUAUUGGGUCCUACUUUCAGAGAGUAAAAUAAACUGUAGCAAGAGAUGCAAUAUGUUCCCUUUAGGCAUGAUCAUUUUGUUCACUAAGGAAGUGACUCUUCAUGCCUGUAGUGGUUGCAUCCUAUUUUCGGUGCAAAUUAACCUAGAAUCUGAGCCAAAAGCAUCAGCAGCAACAGCUUAGCUUUUUCUUGUGGCAAUAUUGUAUAUUCCGAUCUAACAGUUGUGAAUUAAAAAUGGGGUUCAUUUGCAAGGCCUCAAGAGGAAAAUGUGGUUUGUUUUUAUUCAGAGAGAGGGAGGUGAACCACAAGUGCCCCGUGGGGGGCGGAUUUAGCACCCAAAAGCAUGCAAUUUAAGACAGACACUUUUUGUUUCUCAACUUGGGUUUCAUUUUGUAUAGUAUCGCCAAAAUGUCAAAAAAUUAAUUUCAGAAAUGUCAGCAGUUUGAAUCUUAAUAAAAUAUUUCC